AUGGCGUCGACUUCGAGGCAUGUUUCGGUCGUCUUCCUCCUUCUCGCCGUCCUGAUCGGGUUCCUCUCCGCCUCCGUCUCCGCCGGAAGGCCCUGUAAGACUCUCUUCAUCUCCUCCUACACCGUCUCCCUCAAGCCUCUCCACUCCUUCCGCUACCCUAACCCUAAUUUCGGUCGUCGCUCGGCGGGAUUCGUGGCAAUCGUCACCGAAUUCGGCCACCAGAGCUCCUCGGAGUCCUCGUCCAACAUGAUCAGCGACCGCGCCGUCUUCCCUGGCCUCGAAUUCGAGAAUCACGUCGCUGGUGGUGGCUCGCGAUUCGCCACCGGCGGGAGCGGCAGCAAGAGGAUCAGCUGGGCUUCGCCCGUCUCCUCCCCUUCGGCCUUUCGUCCCACGAAAUCAGCUCCCUCCGAGACCGUACUAAGGAUAUCCUAA